AUAGCGCCCCCGGAUGUUUGUUCUAUAUCCGGUGACUCUUGUUGUGAUCAGCUUAUGCAACGUAUGAUGUAUGCACUGGGGCAGCGUCACGUCGUUCAUCAAGCUGGUUUAACUUGGUUACGAGUUGCUGAGCAGAUGCAUAAUGAUAGCGUGACGCUUGAACAGUUCUUUCGUACAGACCUGGAGCAAGCCAAGGAUCGGCUGCAUCAAUUCUUCAGUCGUAUAUACGGAUACAAUUACAAGCUUCACAGACGAUUCUUCUUCCAGUUUUUCACGGACCUCGAGGCCUACAUGGCAGGGCAACGUAGCCGACUUGAUCACUUAGUUGAGAAUUUCUUUAAUCAACUUCGUGACAGCAUCGUUAGUCUGAUUGAGCGUUCUGGUCAAGUCCGGUCCGGCUCAAGUCCCAGUUUCCCUUCCGGAUCCAUGUCUCCAUCAGCCGCAGACUUAAAUCCUGCCUUAAGCAGUGGUCAUGAUUCUCUCUCUUCGAGGGACGAGGCUUCUGAGACACGCCGUAUUCGUUGCCUGUCAGACCGCGUGGCGCAGCUGCGGCCGUUCGAUGACGUUGAUGUGCGCCUCAAGGCACGCAUGCUCGAAGCGUAUCCGCCGGCGCGCAUGCUCAUUAACGUGUUAUCGGUGUCUAGUCGCUUGUUGUAUCACCUUUCGAAGCAGGUUGGCGAGAAGCCUGACUGCGUCGUUGGAAUGACCCGUUUCCAAUAUUGUGCCAUAUGUGCUGGGAAGCCUCUGUCCUCUGUGUGUCCAGAUAGUUGUCCCAAGUUGCUAUCUUCCUGUCUGCGCGUGGAUGGACCUGACAGUGUUCAAAUUGCAGCUAUAUGGCCACGUCUAAUAGAUGCAGUCGUCAUGGCAGUGAUGCGCCUUGAACGUUCAUUUAACUUUCCGGUGGUUAAUCGUCAGCUGCAAAUGGAAAUAUCGGAAGCAAUCACCAGUUUGCAAACUCGUUAUGAGCAGACGAAGUCCAAACUCGAAUCCGAAUGUCGUGCAGGUGCUGUUGGUCGGAAUGUCCAUACCCUGUUUAGCUCAACUGGUUCCAACAGUCGAAUGCUUCCACCCGAGCACCAAUCAUCUUUAUCUGGCUGGCGAGAAAGUCCUAGUGGUUUCCGCGAAAGACGUGAGACAAUAUCAGAACCGCGCCAGACACGGCAGGCUAGACAGGUCAAUCCAUCCUUCGCCUCUCCAGAAUUAUUGCAUUGGCAAACCCGCCAAGGAAUGCCCCAUGUGAAUCAGUUCGGCACUCCGUCCAAUUCCUACGGUCAACGGUCUCCCCACACGGGCUAUGGACAGCCGCCGGGCGCUGCUCCCAGACCUAUGUGGGAACCACCGACGAACGAAGCUGUUUCUGAUGUGCCAGACCGCUUGAUGAGAUGGGCAGCCCAGGCGAAACGCACCUAUACUGCCUUGGGGAACUUGUUCACUGUCCCGGGAGCGAACUUCUGUUCCUCAGGCAAUGUGCGCCCUUCAAGUGAUAAUGGAACUAACUCAACCGAUUGCUGGAACCCUCCUGACCUUUUUCCAACCGGUCAGGAUUACAGCAUCAGUAAAACCUUCAGAGUACUUUCUGAGGCGAUGGAGCGUUUGCAUCAAGCAUCAAACAAUAACGCAGACCCUGAAGCUCUGAGCUUAUCCCCGACAAACAUCGGUCCAUCUGCUGCUCCUGCUCUACCAUUUCCCCCCGCGGGUCCUGCAGCUCCAUCAUACAGUGCUCCAGUUCAUCCUGCAGCCAACCAUCCCCUCACGGCGCAAAAUGGAUGGGGAUCUCAGCCGGCCCCACCACAAUUUAGUCCUUUCGAUUCACAGCCUAACCAUAAUCAACCCCUUGAAGGAAGUGGACUUGGACCCACAAAUUGGGAUGCUGCCCCUCCACCCGAUGAACGCGAAGGCACGGACUUCUAUCAAGAGCAUUUGCAACCCACUACCACACAAUCGCCUCAACCAGCACCUUAUGGCGGCCCAAUGCCUCAUGCCGGCAGCAACCUAGAGACCGCCGGUAGUGGAUACGGUGAGUACCAACCAUAUGAACCGGAAGAGACGGAGGGUUCGCGUCGUGUGCCUGAUGAGUCAGAAGACAGCCGAAGCGAGACUAUCGAAGCUGAUGAUCGAUGGGACGCAAUUAAUCGACCUGAUGGCAGGCUGCCGUUCCAACAACCGGAUGCUAUCACCACAACGACGUGGACAUCCACGACACCGUCGACAACUACAUCAACCAGUGCACUGCGUCGGAGUUCAGUUACUUCCCCAACACCGUCCAUACCAAAACAUACUGAAACCCGUAUCAGUACGACUAUUAAUACGACCACCACCACUACAACCACGCCGUCUACAUCAGCGGCGACGGAGGCACCCAUAAUCGUUCCCCCUGCAACCCACUGGCGCGCUCCAGAUGCUCCACAGAUCACUCCACCUGUUGGACCCCCAACGCCACCACCACGGAAAUCACAUCCCGAUGAACCUCUCUAUGGAAAUUUACCAGAUGAUGAAGACAACAUUGUGAGACAAGGAUUCCAACCAUUUGGUUCUACUUUGCCACCCACCUUCCCGAAGCCUUCCUGGCCUGAAGCGCCCGAUCCUGAGUCUCAAAGAACUUGGUGGAAGGAUCCGCACUCGGAAGGCAGUGGAAGCGCCGAAGCCGGCGUAGGCACUCAAGCUCGACCUCAGGUGCCAAGUUACCCCGGUGGUAACUAUGGUCCAGACAUGGGAAAACCAGAACCGUCCGUUCCUGACGCACCGGUCCACUACUACCCAGGUAGUGGCCAAAGUCCGUUCCAAACCCAACCUGACGAAGGUUAUCCUGGACUGUCGCAAUUCAUCACCGACCGUCCAGCUGGUGCUCCGCUCGAUCCGCAAACCGGAGAUCGAUCAACUGGCUGGACGAAGUAUGUUCAGGAUCCUCUCCAGCCGUAUCCCGCUCAACCGGGCAGUGGGCUUGGAGACAACACGUGGGAUGACGGUAGACAGGACAGCUUACCAGACGGACUACCCCGCUGGCAGGAAGGUCCUGCUGGUAGUGGCGCUCCUGACCCAGUGAAAUUUCCACCCACUUCCGAGAUCCAACCUCAGAUUCCUCCAGUGGAAGCGCCACCCCAGCUCCCGGUUCUUCAUCCUCUUGUCAAACCGAAGCCUUCAAUACCCUUCCCACCUCUACCUCCACCGGAAGUCUGGGUCCCCGCACAACUGGCUCCUGGUCAACCUAUUCCUUCUGUUUUGCUUGUCCGGGAGUACAAUGUUCAAGAGCCGCUAUACGGUCCUGAGGUCGUACAAAACAAACCCAAUCUGGCAUCAAUACGUCACCCCGUUGCCACUCUGGUCUUCGUUUGUAUUGCUACGUUGUUGAUCUGACUAUCAUCCAUACAUUAUGCAUGUAAAUAGAUAACAAACUUGGUUCGUAUAGGACCGAUGUACAUUGAACCGGGCCACACCUGAUGUCAUGCAUGGUUUCUUCUUAUGCUAGAUUCACCGGCGUUUCACACCCAUGCUUUUCUCACUGGACUACUCAUUCAUUGUUUGCUCGAAUGUUUUUUUCCAAAUUACAACUCAUUGUUAGUCAUAUAUUACGAAACAAAUAAAAUCACAAGUCGGUGUCAAACAAUUUGUGAUAUACUAGCAAGGUUAUCCUGCACUGCGCGGGCGGCUGCCUCAUUUGCAGGCCUCCAUGUUAUUUCGGAAGCUGAGGCAUUAGGAUUUUCGUCGAGGGACUGGCUAUCAGAGCACGCAAAACGAAGCGCACCCUCUGCGAACCAGUAGUCUAACAGGUUGGGGCAACGAAACAGCAAAUUCAAGGCGGAAUACAAUCCCUCAAAGAAUGUUUGUGGUUCCUGUUCCGGUGUUGUAGACAACUUCGCCAGGUCACUCCUUUUCAGAACCUUUGGGUCCCUGAAACGCCAAUCGCACCCGAACGGCAUAAUUAUUAAUUCACAGGAAUUGGGGUCGAAGACGUUCACCACACGCACCUCACCAGUUUGCAGCCGGGCUAGUCGCAACGCGGGUAGGGGGCCUCGGGCACUCCAGCUCAGGGUAGCGGCAAUAGCUGUGUUCGUCUGCCAGUUGAAGGCCAUACCCAUUAUUAUGGGACGGCGCAGGGCUUGGUGUCGACAGGAAGCCUGCGAGUUCAACUCCACUGUUGUGUUUAGGUCAGCUACGCAGAAGGUUUUCAAGGUGUACAGAGAAUUGCCGCAUAGCAUUUCCGACAUGACGAGAUCCAACACUCCGCGCGACAAGUGACCGUCAUCUGUGAAACCUCCGAUUAUGUGUGCGUCGACUACACAAGUUCCCCUCGGAAUAAAAUAUUGCUCUAUUUGGGUGAAGAAAUCGCUGACACGAUCGCGGUGAUCUAAAUGCACCAAAGUACAGGAGCGAGGAAAACGCAAGACAAGAAUCAAGCAAGAGGUUGCGUCAUCGGAAGCCAUCACCGAAGGCAAUCCCUUACUUUCUAAGUCGCAGGGAACUGUUGCCAUCUCACCUUGAUGCACGUAAAGCAGGUUGUGGGGUGAUGAGAACUGGUGGACGCGUUCCCUAAAGUUCGAUGCAGCCAGCUUCACCGAUGGCAUUGAACAAAUGCGGUCCACAUAAGCAGGAACUUCUGACUUUUCACACUGGUGUUGUGUUGAUUCAAUAAUGAGCGUCAUAGACAAGUCCAAUCCGAUUUUCUAGCACCAGCCGUGCAUGCACGUGCAUGAGUUCCAAGCCCGGAUCAUCUGGAAUGAAGGAAUCAUAGCUGUGAGGUACUAUAAAGCAUGAGUCAGGUAUCAAAAGUC